AUGGAUCCUUUCUCCGAGGUGCUCGUCCAUAUCUCCGCUCCCAGCGGAGUCGCCGACGAUGCUCGCUAUCGCGCUCAAGUCGACGCCAUCCUCGACUUUCAGUGCGUCUCACGUCAGGCCGUCAUCACCUCCGCAGGUUCAGACGAGGAUACCCAGGACAACGGCGAUCAGACGGCAGAAUACGUCGUGAAUCCUCAUCCCAGGAUCCAGUCCGCAGAGCACCAUGCAGCGGACUCUCUCCACAGCAGUCUAGUCAGCGUUAUCCCGGACUCGCAGCCAUCACAGGGCCCGCCUCUGAAACCCCCCUUCACAACACACAUCACCCCAACCCUAGACAUGCUCACCAAGCGCCUCAAAUCCCCCCGCACCUACACCCCCAUUCACCAAACGCGCGCCCUCACCAACCUCGAACGCGGGCACUGGACAGUUCCUAUCAAUCUCAUCACUACCACUCCCCCUCCACCCUCACCCGCAUCCUCACCCAACCCGGAGUAUAAACCUCAGGAUAUAUCCCCCAACACAUGGCCCACACCCCUCUUCACCCGCUUCUGGACCUUCCUCUCGGAUUUCAUUAGUGAGGGCCGCGCUGGAUGGGGCGUGUGGUGUUCUCUUGAAGUUGACACCACCACCGCCACCACCAGCAUCAACAACAAUGGAGACCAUAAUCCUCAUCCGCCACCCCAACAACCCCCCAAAGAAUCAGAAAAAUCAAAAGAAGAAAACAAACUAACCCACCCCAUCCAACCCACAACCCUCAAAAUCUACGCAUGGGGCGAAACCGCCGAACACAUCUACCUCCUGCUGUUCCUAGCGAGCGAGCGCCGUAUUCGCCGCAUGGGUGCGCGCUGGCGCGAUAGUCGGGAUGAGGUUGUUAUUGUUAUGUAGGUUUCAUUUACUGUAUAUAUAGUAUUUGGUUUUGUACAUGUGUAUACUUGAGAUCAUCUACUAGAUGAAUUAAUGAAUGAUGGAUGAUGGUUGAUGGUUGAUGAAUAAUG